AUGGAUGCAAGCGACUUUGGAAGAUAUGGGUCCUUGUCUCUGCUCAAACGAAACGACCCGACUACAGUGGUGGCCUCGUAUCCCAUCGACGAUGCCGAGGUCACGCUUGGCCGCGACCCCUCUUGCAGUAUAAGGCUAUAUUACCCCUCAGUGAGUGCUCUUCACUGCAAGCUAGUCUUCAACGAGUCCACUGCCUUUCUCGUUGUGCUGGGCACCAAUGGCGUCUUUGUCGACGGUGUCGCCGUCUUCCCCGCCACAGCCGGUGCGUCGCCGACCACGGUACCUCUCCCCAACGGCUCCACACUGGACGUUCACAAGAAGCGCUUCCGCUUUGCGUACCCACCGAAGCACCUGCGCCCUGCCCUGCUCGCCACCCCGUCUCCGCAGAAGCUCAGCCGCCACGCGCUACGCAUGUCCAUGAUCGCUAGCGCAAACGUCUUCUCACCCCGACCCAGCGCCGACCCACGGGAGAAUUUGCGCGUGCUACAGUCCCCGCUUAAGCCGACGCGCGAGGACCCGGAGAUCGUGCUCGUGGAGAGCAACACGCCCCGCGUCGUGGAGGCGGACAAAGACCUUGUCAUCCUCGAUGAGGUCACCCUUCCGCCACCGCCUAUCCCCGCACCAGUGUUCACUAUGCCUUCCCUACCGAUGACACCCGCCCCCGUGAACAGGCCGCGCAACUCGUUGCACCGUGCGGUGCUCAUCCGUUCUGCGCAGCGGGCGGAAAUGCACCGAGAGAUGUGGAAGGAAGAGGAACGCGAACUUGAUGAGGUUGAAGAAUUUAUCACACCAGUGAAGGGGCAGGAUGAGGAAGACGAGGAAAUGGGUAUGCAGGUGAAGACCAAGAUUAAGCCGGUGUCAAGUUGGCGCAAAAGCCUCGAGGCCGUCGCAGGCAGCCUCAACUGGCCAUUUCGUAGAAAGCGCCAGUCGGGCGAGCAGAACGACGAAGAAGCUGAGGGCGACAGUGACAAUGACAAUUACAAUGACGACGAAGACUACCAGGAUGAAAACGUUAAUGAAGAUGCAGAAGGAGAACACGAAUACCUUGACGAUAAUGAAGAGAUGAAUGACGUAUACCCGGACGAAAACGAAGUGCAAGAAACCGUCUCUGAUGAAGACGAAGAUGGACAUGAAGUACAACAACCAUACGACAUUCCUGCUACACCUCAGAGUCAGCUCCGCACUCUUGGCCCCUUCAUGACUCCCCAGGCUACCUACCUUCCUCGGCCGACUGGUGGCCGCCACUCACUCGGAGGGACGGGCCCAAGACGUGUGCGUAUCGUCGCCCCGUGGAAAGUCGAGGAUAUCGUUGUCCCUCCGAACAGCGUCGACCCUGUGAAAGAAGAGGUGGAGUCCUCGCCGGAGAAGAGUCCUGCGAAGGACGCACCACGGGGAUGGGAAACGCGCCCCUCUAUGAGCACUCCGCAGCGCGCCGCGGCAGAACGGGAGCGGCUGACCGACGAGGAGCGCAAGACCAUCCGUGAGCGUCGGCGCUCCGCGGUGACGAUGCCCGACACGUUCUUCAACGGACACGCGCCAGGCACGCUCCCGCCCACUCCGCGCGCGGCACCCUCCCCCGCACGCUUCGCGACACCGGGGCGUGCGGAGGAGGAGGAUGAACAGGGUGAGGAGAUGCACGUUCUGCUCGCGCGAAUGCGAGAGAUGGUCGAAGGCGCGAAGCGGCGACAGAGCGUCGGGCUCUCGCCACAGAAACCGGCAAGGGACGCGAGCCUGAGUCCGCGCAAGAAAGGUGGCUUCUCAUUGCUCGCGGUCGAGGAGGACCACAGCGAAGACGAGGUGGAGGAGCGGCAGACGACGCCACCGUUGGACGUGCGCACGGCAUUGCGGGAUCGGACCGCUGCUAGUGCAGAGGUGGAGGCUGAGAAAUUGUCUGUGCCAGCCCCACAGACUCCUCAGUACGCUGGUCUACGCUCUCUCUUCCAAGCUGGGGGUCCCAAUGCACAGGUCAUGGCUACGCCGCGGAUGGACGGCGUCAAGGAAAUGUUCCUGCGGGAGGCGCACGUCCGACAGAACAAGGACCGCAGCGAUAACACGAACGAGGAUGCGUUGGAAGGCGUUGGCGAAAUGAUGCAAACCCCGGUCGGCUGGCGUCCGAGCCGUGCUACUGCUGAGGAGCCGCUGCAGCCUGAGCAAGAGCAGCGGGAGCAAGAACCUCAAUCGGUUCUGCCGAGGAUUCAGAGCCCUGCCCUGCCUGCAGAUAAUCCAGAAUCGCACACCGUGCAGGCCGCCGGCACGCGUAUGGUGCGACGUACAAGGACGAGGACCGCAGAAGACAACAAGGAGACACCUUCAGGAUCUAACACCGGGAUCCCCAAGCCGACACGUUCGCUGAGAAGCAGGACUGCAGACGCGAAGACCGAUUCGGCUGCGACGCUGCCAGAAAGACCACAGAGCGCGCCCGCUAAAACCGCACCGUCCAAGAAAAAGACGGAGAGCGGGGACGAAGGCACAAAGACCGCACCCGCACCCGCCGCCGCGGCGGUGCGGCGCACGCGUCGCGGUGUGCAGUCCGAGUCCGAGUCGGAAGACGUCCCAGCGCCAGCCCCGCGGACGCUGCGGCGCACAGGGAGGACGAAGACGCCCACACCCGAGCCUCUGCCAUCUACGGCGGCGCGGAGCAAGACGAGCACCGGCAGGCGUACCGCGAAGUCGAAGCAGGUCGAAGCGGAGGCGAACGAGCCAGAGCUCGACGCCAUCCCCCAACGAGAGGAGCCCGCCCCCGAGCCUGCGCCUGCGGCGGCACGCGUUCGGCGCACCGCGCGGAGCCGGAUUCCUGUGGGAACCAUCAAGGAAGAGGUAGAAGACAGCCCGCUGCCGGACGCGGCUGAGGGCUCCGCGGCGUCGCGCACAAGGGGGAGCAGGGCUGCGGCCGCAGCGCGUACACGGGCCUCGGCGAAGAAGGCAGCGACGCCGGUAGUCGAGGCGGAGAGUACCGCAUCGGGCACCGCGGACGCGCCGAGCGCGGGAGACAAAGAGAACACGCCGGAGCCAUCAGGCGAGGACGAGGCUCCGCCGCCGGCACCUGCCAAGACCUCGACUGUUAGGACGAAGGUGACGCGCGCUGGGGCGAGGACGCGGCAGGGCACCGAGGAGCAGACUGUUGAGAAGGCUCCGACCGCGAGAGCUGCUGGGGUAACCAGGUCUGGGCGAGCCCUAGGUAAGACUACUAGCCGGAAGUGA